AUGGAUCUACUAGUUCUGGUCUUCUCAUUAGACUUUGUAAGGAGUGACGAAGACUAUGACGCUGCAAUCGAUGAUGACGCCAAUGACAGAGUCAGCGAUGACGCCGAUGAAGGAGUCAGUGAUGACGCAGGGGUCGCAGAUGAUGCCGCUGCAAAUGAUGAUGUGGUGGCAGAUGACGAUGCGGUAAAUGAUGAUGCGAUGACAAAUGACCCAGUAAAUGCAGAUUUAAUUGAAGCUGAAGGCGUAAAUUAUGUUGAAGGUUCGGUAUCGAGCGAAUCUGGGGCGCAAACAUGUGUAGAAGGAUCACAUAUCAAGGUCGACUGCAACAUUUGCUAUUGCUACAAAUCAAAUAUACAAGGCUGUACGAGAGUUUCGUGCAGUAAAACGGAAAAUAUGAAGACAUUGUCAAGCAAUCCGGCCAAAAGACUAGCAUUCAAGAAGUUACGCGAGGAUGCAACUAGUUGCGUUCCUGGAGAGACGAUAAAACGUGGAAAUUGUAAGUGCAGUUGCACCAUACCCAGCGUCUUGACGUGCCUUGAAGACUGCCUUCGAUAGGACCUGAGGAUUAUACAGCGUGUAUUUUUGAUACGACCGCAAAAUUUUAGGGUAGUUCGUAUAGGC